AUGUCAACAUCGUCCAUAAGAAACAAUAAGACAAUGGAUGCUGUUGCCAUUACCACCAAGAUACACCACCGCUUCUCCACAUCAUUUCGUGAAAACCAUAGCCAAAUCCGGUUUCGGAUCUGCAAAUGCAGCUCUGGAGGUUUUGCUAAACUGACCCAAAAGCAGGCCCGCAAGGUGUUCGACAAAAUUCCGCUUCGGGAUGCUUAUUCCUGGAACACUCUCAUCCAGACUCAUCUAACUAAUGGAGACCCACAGGAAGUUGCUGCCACCUAUCAGAGAAUGCUUUCGGCCGGUGGGACCAAGCCGGACAGACGCACUCUGCCACGGGUUCUAUCAGCUUCCAGGAUUUUACGUGACUUUCCUUUGGGGAAACAGCUCCAUUGCCAUGUUAUCAAAUAUGGGUUUGCUUUGGAUGCUUACGUGAUUUCAUCUCUUAUUGAGAUGUAUGGCCAGAUGGGAGGCGUUGAUGCCGCAAAAAGAUAUUUCGAGACUGUUGAUCUUGAUGAAAGAAAUAAGAAUGCUGAUGUUGUUGUUGCCUGGACUGUGCUGGCAGGGUUAUAUGUGAAAAACAAUAAACCUGAAUUGGCUGUCGACUUGUUUUUUAAUGGGAUUAACCAUAAGAAUGGCAAGUCAUUCGAUCGUGUUGCGUUGGUUACUGUGAUUACUGCUUGUGGGAUGCUGAAAUCACUGCGCGACGGUAGGCGUGUGCAUUGUGUUGCCAAGGAUUUCGGGAUGGACCGCGAUGUUCUGGUGGGGAAUGCUUUAUUGAAAAUGUACAUUGAUUGUGGCAAUGUGAAAGAUGCGAGGGCCGUGUUCGAUGGCAUUGUGGGUAAAGAUGCAAUUUCUUGGACUGCCAUGAUUUACGGAUAUGUGAAAAAGAAGGGAGAGUUUAAUGAAGGUCUCAAGUUGUUCCGGAUGAUGAAUGAGAAUGGGAUCAGACCCGAUGCUUUCACAGUUUCUUCUGUUCUUCCGACUUGUGCUAGAGUAACGGCGCACAAGAACGGGAAGGAAAUUCACGGAUAUCUGUUGAAGAAUGGGAAAGAGCUGAAUCCAGUCGUCCUGAAUGCCUUAAUUGACAUGUACAUCAAAUCUGGGUUCAUAGACUAUGCUUCGCGAGUAUUUGCUGAGAUGAAACAUAAGGAUGUUAUCUCCUGGACGGUUAUGAUUUUAGGUUAUAGUUUACAUGGCGAAGGGAAGCACGGACUGCAAUUGUACCACGAAAUGAUUGAGAACUCGUCUGUGCAAGUGCAAGAAGAUCAAAUGGCUUUGGCUGCAGCCCUGUUCGCUUCCUACGCUUCCUGCAAUAUUGAAGAGGGUUGGCGUUUCUUUAAUAGAUUAUCAGCUCCAAAGCUAUCAAACUAUGCGUUGAUGGUCGCGCUGCUCUCCAGGGCAGGACUAUUUGACGAAGCACAGGGAUUCAUUGCAAAGAGGAAUAUCUCAAAGCACGCAGAAGUACUAAGAGCUCUCCUAAAUGGCUGCAUGAUACACCAGAAUCUUGACACGGCAAAGGAAGCCCUAGAACAGCUCCUCAGUUUGGAGCCACAAAAUGCCGAGAACUACAUACAAUUAUCAAACUUGUACGCUUGCCAAAACAGACCAGAAAUGGUGGCUGAACUUAGAGAAACUAUGACAGCUAAGGAUUUGAAACCAAGAAAAGCCUACAGCUGGAUUGAAUUCAAGAACAAGGUACACGUGUUUGGCACAGGCGACAUGUCUCAUCCGAGGAAAGAAGCUAUAUACAAUGAGCUGCAGCAUUUGGUGCAGAAAGUGGAUUCGAAGGGGGAGUUUUCGUUCAAAAUGAGAAAGGAUUUUUUUAGUGUGCAUCAGGUGGACGAGGAGAGGGAAUGUGAUUCAGUUUUCGGGCAUUCUGAACUGUUGGCCAUAUCGUUUGGUUUGAUCAGUAACCAGGAAAAAGGAAGAAGAGUGAUCAGAGUAACUAAGAAUGUCGGUGUGUGUGAGAAUUGCCAUAGUUUUGUGAAGGCAGUUUGUAAAGAAGUUGAGGAGGUUGAAAUUGUGAUUAGAGAUCCAUGCUGUUUUCAUCAUUUUAGAGAUGGAGUGUGUUCCUGUGGUGAUUUCUGGUGA